CCCAGGUGCCCCAGCGUGGAUGAGACCCGCCAUAUUGCUGUCGCUGCUCGAGAAGCUGCUGCUCCGUCGCGGUUCCAACUCCACUGAUCCUUCCUUUAUGAGACCCUGUGGAACAGGAAGGAGAACCUGAAGCUACCGUCCGUCCUGGAGGCAUCGUGUUGUUAAGUGUUGCCGUGAUGACCCAGACCGUUCAGACCAACGGGGUCCAGCCCCUCAGCAAGACCUGGGAGCUGAGCCUGUACGAGCUGCAGAGGACCCCGCAGGAGGCGAUAACGGACGGGCUGGAGAUCGCUGUGUCUCCGCGGUCGCUGCACAGUGAGCUCAUGUGUCCCAUCUGUCUGGACAUGCUGAAGAACACCAUGACCACCAAGGAGUGUCUCCACCGCUUCUGCGCCGACUGCAUCAUCACGGCCCUCAGAUCUGGUAACAAGGAGUGUCCGACAUGUCGUAAGAAGCUGGUGUCCAAGAGGUCUCUGCGUCCAGACCCAAACUUCGACGCUCUCAUCAGUAAGAUCUACCCCAGCCGAGAUGAGUAUGAAGCCCACCAGGAGAGGGUUCUCGCCCGGAUCAGCAAACACAACAACCAGCAGGCACUGUCCCACAGUAUAGAGGAGGGGCUGAAGAUACAAGCUAUGACCAGACUGCAGCGUGGUAAGAAGCACACGGUGGAGAACGGAAGUGGAGCCGAAGACAACGGAGACUCCUCCCACUGUAGCAACGCCUCUGUCCAUAGCAACCAGGAGGCGGGGCCAAGCAUCAAGCGCACCAAGACCAGCGACGACAGCGGGCUGGACAUGGAGAACGCCACGGAGAACGGGGGCGGGGACUCGGUGAUUGACGGCGGCGCCAGUGAGAUAGAGCUGGUCUUUAGGCCACACCCCACUCUGAUGGAGAAGGACGACGCCCACAACAGUGUGGAGUUCGUCCCUCGCUACAUCAAGACGUCGGGAAACGCCACGGUGGACCACCUCUCCAAGUACCUGGCGGUGCGCCUUGCCCUGGAGGAGCUGCGGAGGAACGCCGAGGCCAGCCCCGUCAACGUGGAGGCCGCCUCCGAGAAGCAGUACACCAUCUACAUCCCCAGCGCCGCAUCCACCUUCACUGUGCUGAACGGGUCCUUCUCCCUGGAGCUGGUCAGUGAGAAGUACUGGAAGGUCAACAAGCCCAUGGAACUGUACUUCGCCCCCACGAAAGAACACAAGUAGAGACACACACACAGACACACACACACACAAACACAGGACUACGUUUACUGCACCUACGAAGGAGCCGGUGUGAGGAGGAGAGGAGGAGUCGGCCCCAGCGACUCGUGUACAUUGGUUUUGUUUUCUAUAUCUUCUUAUCUCGUAUGUUAAUGUGCACCGUUACCUGGCCGUACCCCCCCACGGGUCAGACCCCCCCCCCCCCCCCCCCCGGUCAGACAAGGCCCCCCACCACCCCCACACCCAGACCCACACCCCGAGCAGGACUGUGGGUCUGGCCUCUAGAAUCCAGGCCGACGCUGGGGGGUAGACUAUGGACCCCUGGACGCUCUAGCCUGGGCUGCUGGAGGGGGUCCAAUCUGGACCCUCUGGUCUAUCUGGGCUGGGGGGGGCACGGCGCCAAAUUCCCCCGCAGUCACCACUGACCGGUGAGGUCAAAGGUCGGGUUGUUGGGUGCGUUAGAGUGUUAGUUUUAGUUGUGUAUGUGACGUCCGGACUGGGGGGGGGGGGCGGGCCUCAGACCCAGGGGAGGGGUUAGCGGAAGGCGCUGGGAACAUUGAGUCCAUAUCUAUCCUUCUUUUUCUAAAAGGCAUGUUAACAUUUGAAGGGCACGAGGUUCCAGAUGUUGGUGUAAAAUGGAUUUUCUGUUUGAACAAUAAACCCGAAUCUGUUCCUCUGUUCUGAAUAACAAUUAUUGUGUUUGGAAUUAAGUGUAAGAGGGGUUCCACCUAACGGUUAUUUUUGGGCUUCAAAGUGAAAAAUAAAUAGAUUCAAAGUAGAUUAUUCUGGACAAGAUGACAACCAUGCAUUUUUAAUUUGGUUGUGGCAUCAAAAUGGGCGUGGCCUGUGUCUAUAGACUAGACCUCAGUUCAAGCAGAUGUUUGAAUUGAGCCGACGAACUCGGUUGGAUGAAGUAGAUGACAAAACAUGACAUUUUUAUGAAAGCAGUUUUUUUUUAAUGAGAAUAUAAAAUGUUUAAGACUGUAGCAAUAUAAAGCAUUAG